UUGAUAUAGCAGCAUCAACUUCGAAGGAAAGAUUCAUUGAAAUUAAUUCUCUAAUUCAAUCGCUAUCAUGGAUGAAGAUGAAGAGACCUUGUGUAGAUUUGGUACGCCGUUGCCAACAUAUGAAGAAGACGAGAUUCCCGCUAAGAAACCCGUUUCAGUCGAAGAUCAAAUUGUGUUGGAUGUAAAUGGAAAACGUCGAUUUCAUGGGGCAUUUACCGGUGGAUUCUCCGCUGGAUAUUGGAAUACCGUUGGCUCAGAGGAAGGCUGGAAACCGGCAGAAUUUAAAAGCUCCCGCAAGGAAAAAGCUGCUUCCAGAUCACAAAAUCCAAUGGAUUUUAUGGAUGAUGAAGAUCUAGGGGAGUUCGGAAUCGCACCGCAGCGGGUUCAAACUAAGGAAGAUUUUGCCCAUUCUAGCAAAGCCACCAAACGUCAGCUAGUUCAGAGCAAUUGGAGUGGGCCUAUUCCGGGAACUCCUGUAUUAAAGACAUUGCUUGAGCCUGCAAAAGAAAGGACUGCGGUGCGGAUGCUCAAAAACAUGGGAUGGCGUGAAGGACAAGGUAUUGGUGAGAGGCAGAGUAAAGUUGAAAAACAAAAAGCUAAGAAUCGCAAUGAUAAGGAACUCUUCGUGAUGAAAAUGUAUGGUUGUGAACUUCCCAGUGGAGGAAUUCAAAAUGCAAAUGAAGAGGAUUCUGAUAGCCAAAGCGAUUCUUCAGAUUAUGAAGUCACAUUUGCUCCUGAUGAUUUUGAUCCCCUCUUAGCAGCAAUAAAAGAUAACACAUUUGGUUUAGGUUAUUCAGGGCUCGAACGAGGAUCUGUCGUUGCCCAAAGAUUUAACCUAUUUGACACAUUGGAAAUAGUCGAUAGGAAUAAUAAAAAAUUAUCAAUUCGAGGUCAAGCUUUUGGUGUAGGUGCCCUGGAAGACGACGAUGAUGAAGAUGUUUAUGCAAAAGACGACAUGUCUCGGUACGACUUCUCCCUGGAAGAUAAAUCAAAGGCUCCGGCAGCAAUCAAAUCCAGCGGAUAUGCCAAUUGUUUGGAGGGAUUUUGUCCGUCAAAAAAAGUGGUGAAAGGAAUGAAGAAAGUCUUUCGAGUCAACCUUCCUGGUAACUUUAUGCCACGGAAUUGGUUACAGAGGCGUACCCGGUUCGAGCCCUUGGAUGAAACAAAAGAAAAACAGUUUCUUGAAUCGAAUCGGUACAGAAUACAAGGAUUAGGAAGGCAUGAUUUGGAUCCGGAGAAACGUGCCCAGGCUUUAGGAGAGAAGCCACUGGAUAAAUCGAAGGAUACAAAAAACUCUAUAUUGGACAUCAUUAACAAACGAAAGGAUUCUUUUGUUACUAGUAAAGUCAUGAAUCCAGACGAAUUGAGUUCAAGCCAAGCUGAUGGACAAAAUCAAAUUGAAGUGAAAAAAGAUCCCCUAAAAUUUGAUAUCCUAUUAGCAACUGGCAAUCUUGGAGCUACCAAGGAAGGAUUCAAACCAUUCAUAGCAGACCCAGAAAAACAAGAAAGGUACGACAAGUUUGUCUCUUUCACACCUACGGAUAAAUUAAAAUCCAAAGAAGAAUUUCUAAAUUCUCUUCAACCGCUUGGUAUGUCUUCGUGGGAUCGCGAGCGCGAAUUUAAAGAAUUUUCUCAAGCUCAGCGAAUGUACCGGCCUCUGGAUGGUUUAAUGUCUGACCGAUUUGUUACGGAAUCAAGCUUGAUUUGCGAGAAGGAAACCGUUGAUCCUACAAAAUUGUUGGACAUCAAAAUGAAGCGAGAUCGAUCAAUAUGGAAGCCAAACAAAGAUCUCUGCAAACGUUUCAAUGUACCGGAACCAUUUGGCGGGAUGCUAGAAGAAGAAAAAACGAAAACUAAAAACAAGUUCUCUGUAUUCGAUUAUCUAGAAGCACCGGUACACAGUAAGUCGAACUUUGUAACCCCAGUCGUUAUUCCAAAACGCAGCACAAAAGAUGAAAAAGGCACCGAAUCUGUUCCCGUCAGGGUUUCCGCGAAAGAUUUCUUUUCGGGAGUUGAUAAGCCUAGUACAAGCCAUGAGAAGCGUAGUUCUACUGUCAUCCCAAAACCUCAUGUGCAAACGAUUGGUGCGAAGAAACCGGAGAAUCGAACUGACUUGGAACAGAAAGUACUGGAGAGCAUUAAUAUGAAACCGGAAGAAAAGAAAGAUCUCUUCAAGUCUAUUUUCUGUAGCAGCGACGAAGAUGAAGAAGCCGAUCCAAAACCAUCAGAAGCCAUACGAACAGAUUCGGCAUCCUCAAUGAAUGAAACCGACAAAAUUAAACUGGUGGAAAGCUUGGUAGCAAUAAAACCUGCGAGCCAAAUGAAUGUACUGCGUAACAACUCUCCUCCACGAGGUAUUUUCAAAAGUAUUCUUGAAAUCAAAAGGACAGAACCUGAUUCAGGGGUUCGCAAAAUUACUGCAGAUUCUGAAGACUCGUCGUCUAGUUCCGAAGAUGAUGAAUUUUACGGGCCAAAGCUACCAUCCCAAACGGCCAACGAAGUUCCCACUUCUUCAUCAUCAUCAUUGGCGACACAACACCAGCUGGACGCCCGGUUGAAAGCAAUAAUCGAGAAAACUGGCUCCCACUCCAUCGUUGAGGAAUGGGUUGAAAAAGAUAAAACUUCCAGCAAGAAAAGCAAAAAGAAAAAGCUUAAGGAACACAAAAAGUCAAAAAAGAAUAAGAAAGCGAAAAAGAAGCAUAAACAUAAGGAUAGACGAUAAUGCAUGUCUCUCUCUGAUAUAAAUCAUUGUUGCCCAAAAUUCACAAACUUACUAUAGCAUCCGAAAUCCUAAAUUAAAUACUAUUUUUGACUGUUUUCUAAUUAAUUAGGGGCUGU